UGAUGGAUGAAAAAUGUGGGUAUUCAAGUCCCCCAGAAAGUGCGAUAAACUUUGGUAUUGCGACGCCCAUGGAUCUCAAUAAACGAGUGGUUAUUGUGUGCUGUCGUAUAGAUAGUACCCUCAUACGUUCAGUCAUCACAGAACAGCAGCAUUAGCUGCUACACAACGUUGGUUCAUCACCUCAACGGAUCAACAAUCCUCUCGUGAUCCAUUAAAUCAUUGUGUUGUUUGGCUCGGUAGAGUGGACAUACAUUUUCAAUCACAAAUUGUUUUUUUUUUUCAUUUCAUUGACACGAAUGAUCGAGAGCUCCGGGAAUAAGUGAUUUACAUCAGUGGACAUUCUGUCAGUGUUAUGAUGGAAUAUUAUCAAAUUGGUCUCACGGCCAUAGCGGCAUUCAUUGUCGCCUACCUUUUCACCGGAAGUCGAUGGCAUACAUUGUGUAUCAUAGGUAAAACACUGCCGAGGGAUGUUUUAGGAGCUUAUCGAUUUCUGAAGAUAAAUAUCCUGCUCUGGUAUUGGGAAAGAAAAGGUCUGACUGUUGCUAAACUGUUCACAAAACAAGUGGAGAAGAAUCCUGAUAAGAUUGUCAUCAUAUUUGAGGAUCAGAGAUGGACAUAUGGCCAGCUCGACGAAUACAGCAAUCGUUUGGCCCGGUACAUCCGUACCCAGCCGAUGUCUCGUGGUGACAGUGUUGCAGUGAUAAUGGAAAAUCGUCCGGAGUAUGUGGGCACGUGGUUGGGAUUAAGCAAAGCUGGCUUCGUUGGAGCACUCGUUAAUACCAACCUCAGGAAAGAUGUGUUAAUUCAUAGUAUUAAAGCUGCUAAUUCCAAAUCUGUUAUUUUUGGUGCUGAGUUGAGAGAUGCGAUUGAUGAGAUCAAAGACAAACUUCCUGGCGUUGGGUUAUACCAGAGCUCUGAGAAACCAGACACUCCAGUCGUCGAAGGUGCUGUUGAUUUGAACAAGUCAAUGGUGAAUAUUUCGUCGGAUGCUGUAGAAGUUGAUCUCUCGUUAGGAUGCCCCAGGGACAAACUCAUAUACAUCUACACCUCGGGAACAACGGGAAUGCCAAAAGCUGCUGUUAUCAAUAAUUUGAGGAGAAAGAGUCGGAGAAAAAAAUUAUUCGAGACGUUUUUAAGAAGGGAGAUCGUUUUUUCAAUUCUGGGGAUAUUCUGGUGAUGGAUGAGCUGGGAUAUUUCUACUUCAAGGAUAGACGAGGGGAUACAUUCAGAUGGAAAGGUGAAAACGUGGCUACAGCUGAAGUUGAGGCAGUCAUAAGUAACAUUAUUGGGCUCCGAGACAGCGUAGUGUACGGUGUAGAGGUGCCUGGAAACGAGGGUAAAGCUGGAAUGGUAGCAAUUUACGAUCCACACCAGACUCUCUGCCUUCAGGAAUUAGCAGAUGGAUUAAAAAAAUCGUUACCUGCAUACGCUAGACCGUUAUUCGUCAGAGUCUUAGCGGAAUUACCAUUAACUGGAACGUAUAAACUGAAGAAAGGAGAUCUACAAGUCCAGGGCUUCGAUAUUACUCAGAUUAAAGAUCCAGUGUACUUCUUGGAGAAGUCCGGCAAUUACGUGCGAUUAACUGAGCAACUCCAUCAUGAUUUAGUCGAGGAGAAGAUUCGCGUUUAAAUUGAAAUGGUUAAAGCUGUGGUACAAAGAAAUAUUUAUUAAUACUCCAACUCCUAAUGAAAUAUUUUAUCUACAUUCAAAGAGGUGUACAAAAAAAAAUU